AUGAUGCAGCUUAAGUCCAAGCAAACCGGAUUGCGCCGCCUUGCACGGUUAUUCACAAACGGCGCACAGCUUGGCCAAGCAGCAUGGGAGGUCGGCCACCCCCCCCCUGAGGGAGCCGAGCGGAGGAAGCUACCCCUAGGGAUGACCAUAAAAAACAGCAUAGGAAAAAACAAACUGCUGUACCUAAUGAAGAGCAUGCAGCUGGUUAACCUAACGGAGAAGGAGACACUCAACACAGUCUCAACGAUGCUGAGCGAUUAUACCAACGAAAUGACGGCGAGCGAAAUGGGAUUCAUCCUACACACCUUCUGCAAGUUGAAGUUUGUUAAGUAUUCCUUAUGUAGAAAAGUUAUAAAAUCGCUUCUGAGUAGGAAGCCUGUCUUCGGCGAUAUGAGGACGUUGACGCAGCUACUUAUAGACCUACACAAGAUGGGCUCUCUAGACCUUACCGUCUUAACGUUCCUCACGCAGCACUAUUUGAGGGGUUCCCUCCACAGGUUUUCUCUUUUCGACUUGGCCAUGAUUCUGCACGUUUAUAACAAGCAUAGCUACAAUGAUGGGGAGACGGUUCGCGAGAUUUGCGGCGUCAUCGAGGGGGCGUUCCUUCCGAUAGUGGCUCAGGACAAAGGCGUCUUGACCACCAUCCUGCUCAGCCUCUCCAUGCUGCAGCUGAACCGAGACCUCUACGUCCACCUGCUCCGCCAGCACGUCCACAAUAGGUAUGCCCAGUUUGAAGCCAAGUACCUCUGCAAUGUUGUUUACUCCGUGGCUCUGUGGCUGGUUGGAGAUUGCGAACGAGCCGAUUUGAUAAAAGGGGAGUCCACCCACUUGUUAGGCGGCCCCGAGGUUGAUGUGCUACGGGAGGUGCUGCGGGACGUCACGGCGCUGCUGCUGCGAAACGUCAGCGUGUUGAAGAACGAGGAGCUCAAGCAGACCCACAUAGCGCUGUACCUCCUGAGGGAACUCGGGGGGGACUGCGAACAAGCCAUAGACCAAAUCGAACGGAAGAAAAUAAAAAACACAUUAACAGUGUCCAAGAUGCAGAAGCAGCUGGAGAAGCUGCUCAAAGAAAUGGGUCUUAAGGCGGACCGCGAGUUCCCCGUGGGCCCAUACGUCCUGGACUUCGCUUUGCAGAAAAAGCGGACCUGCAUCGAAGUUAAUGGGUUCACGCACUACUACACCUUCGGCGGGGAGCUGAACGCGAAAAGCAGGCUGAAGUACUUCAUCCUCCGCAGGCUCCACUGGAAGGUCCUCACCGUGGAGUACACGAGCUGGAAGAACAAGUCCAAGGAGGAUAAGAUGGAGUACCUGGAGGAGACGGUCCUGAGCAGGAUCGGCUGA